AUGCCUUCAACAUCUCUACCAUAUACUCAGAUGGCAUUUCAUAUGCCAGUGAAAGAGCUUCAACCAGUCGACAUAUCCCUUCCGGAUCACAUGGUCAAGGGAGCAGUAGUCAUCGACAAGGAACUGACAACAUGGAACCGACGAGCUGUCAUACCAUCAAAUGCACUUCACACCGUCUUUCUCACAAUAAACCGACUAGAACAGAAGCAAUCGGAUGUAGUGAAAAUGGCCGCUCAUGAAAUGAAUCUUCCAGAAAACGAUUCAUACGGAUUGAUGGCUGAUGGACCGAAGAGAUUCAUCACAGACGAAAAUUUGAAUCAACUGGGUAGCGGAUUCAUUUUGACACUUUGCGCAUCUCCGGAUCAUUAUGUAAAACGAAUUACGGAGAUUUUGAACGAAGGAAGCAAUAUUUUGCAAAUGGAAAACGCAGUGAAAACACUCGAUGAAUUCUCUUUAGAUCCUGCUCUCAUUGAAGCGUUCCACAGUUGCUCAUCGCUCGAACUUCUAUUCAGUUUGAUUCGCGAUGAUCGAGUUUGCAUGAGUUCAACUCUUCUGUCAACUUGUUUACGUGCUCUUUCAAGUAUUCUCGAACUUGCAGUCGGUGACUUCACCUGGAAAUCAGUUCCACGUGACGUAGUUGUUUCGAUUGCUGCUUUGGUUACUGGAAAAGCAAAGCGAGAGGAAUCGAAUACAUUGUUGGCAGCACUACAGAUGAUUGAUCAGUUAGUUGUUGGAGAUGAUAUGACCAGGGAUUGGUGUUUGGAGGAAGUUCCCAUUGAAACACUUAUUCGGCACGUUGAAAAAUCAGAUGAACGGAUCGCAUUGUCUGCUCUUUCUUUGAUGAAUUCAAUGAUCAGAAGAUGUGCAGAUGACGAAAAAAGACUGGAACUGAUCAAAUCUUUAGAAGUUGUACCAUUCAGAAAUGCAGUCCACAGUUCUCUUCUCCGCGUUGGAAAUGCUACAAAUCCAAAGGCUCUCGAGCAACUUGUGGAAGUUCAGCGAAGUCUCAUUAGUGCUUACGAUACAACUCCUCCUUCUGAAGCAGAAAUUCAGAAGGUAUUGGACAUUGAAUCUGCCGAGGAGCAUUCUGAAGAAAAUGUAGAAGUAUGGAGAAAACAAAUUGGAGAGCAUCGUUGUGGCCGGCUGGCAACACUCGCCAUGACACAAUUCGCAGAAAAAAGCCCACAAGACUUGAGAAUGCUCAUUUCUGAAAAUACAAUGAGAAUAGAAGGAGGAAAAUGGCAGUUGAUUCCAAUGUGGAUGAGAUGCUGUGAUAUCACUGCUGAAAUAUUCGGAUUAAUCCCAGGACGAGAAGAACUGGAUCGACUGAUUUCAAUUCUGUUCUCCUCAGAUACCCCAUUUCCUGCUGUCUUCGCGUGCAUCGUGCAUCUUUUUCAUCGAACGUGGCGAGAAAUGCAAGCAAAAGGUGGAGAAAUGGAGAAGGUUGCCAGUGUAGUUUUGGAACAAUUGCGACACGUGUUGAAAAAGAAAGAAAUGCAAGAUGUGGAAGAACUGGCUGCUGAUUUGGAGACGUUCUCAUACAAGGCAAUGCAAGAAAUUUGGAGAGAAGAACAACUUGGGAAAGAGAAUGACCAGUUGCAUAGUCAAGCUGUUAUAUCACUGAAGGCAAAACUCAAGCCGAAAAUGGAAGAACUUGUUCGCAUGAAUCAUUUGAACUUUCUGAAACAAGGCGCGAUUUUCCGAAAACCAAUGAAAAGCAAGUCACUCGCAAAGGCUGCAUUCUGGCAUUGGAAACUCGAUGUUUCUGAAAAAAUGCUGACAAUCACUGGAUGCGAUGGAGAUCAUUUUGUGGAGGGUGUGCCUCGGGAUGAUAUAAGACAGGUUUGGAUCAAAGAUAUUUCGGAUGUGACGAACAAUGAUGAGAUCGACCGGAAAGCCAGCUCAUCUCGGUUCACUUCCUCCCCAUCAACUCAAAUGUUACGUGGAAUUCGUGUCCAAUUGAAACCAACCAGUGAUUUCAAAGAAGGAGAAGUUUUGAUGGCAUUGACUUCUGACGAGAAACAAGCCUUAAUUUGGCAAGAAAGUCUUGUUUAUCUUGUUGGAAAUCCGGAAAUGAGAAGUCUAACUAAUGGUCUAGCAAUGGUGGAACGAAUGUUGAAAAUGGAGCUCCGUGUUCGCCUUCUCAAUGUGAAGCUGUCGAAUCCAGAAGAGAAGCCAGAGAUUCCUCCGAUUCCAGAAGAUUUGAGCAGUUUUAUUUCCAAUUUCUAA